AAUGGUUAUUUUGUUGUGACAGAGAGGCAGACAGAGUUAAAGAAGCCUUUUUUAAGAAGCAGCUGUGUAGUUUACGAUCGUCUAUGCAUUAUACAACAUCUUAAGAUUCAAAAUGUGAAAAUGCAAUAAGUGCACUCCAUCCAUGAUGAUGUGCCCAAUCAGAAAAAUUCGUGCUUUGGUAUAUGACGUUUCAUCGAAAUAAGAUGAUGCUAUCAUGGCCUCUUUGGUUCUUUAAUUUUAAGAGACAGUUGCUUAAUUAAAAAAUGUCCGAGCAGUAUAGUCGGAGUAUUCUGAGAAUAGCUCUGGCUCAGAUUUGUCAGAACGUGGGAUGGAACUCUGCUCAGUCAACUCCCCUGGAGCUUCUCACUGACGUUUUGGGACGCUACAUGCUACAACUUGCCAAAGUCACCCACAGAUAUUCCGAACAGUUCGGAAGAACAAACCCUAACUUAGAUGAUGUGGGACUUGCUUUUCGUCAUAUGGGGGUCAGUGUCAGUGAGCUGGAGGAGUAUGUCCGACACGUGGAGCCAGUGCCUUUCCCCCAUGAAAUUGUUCAGUUUCCUGCUCCUAAGAGCUGUAAUUUACAGAUUCCAAAACCGGGUCACAAGGAGUUGCUGACUAGGGAUGAGCACAUCGAGGAUUACAUGCCCCUCCUUUAUCCAACCCCAGAGGAUGAGGUGGACAAUGAGACAGAGAAGUCACAUGAUCAGGGAGAUGGAUCAGCCAUGCAGACAGAUCAAGGUCAAAAUGGGGUCGGAGGUCAAGCUGAGGUUACAGAGGGCAGUAACCUGGCCAUCCCAGGAGACAAACGACCCCUGACCAGCCCGCUGGAGGGAGGCUUGCCAAAGAAAAGGCCAAGGUUGACAAAUGCAGCUCUGCCAGAAGAAGCCAUGCACUCUCAGUACGAGAUGAAGAGCAUUGCAAUCACACACACUGGUGACCUGACCCCCACCAAGGGAGGGAAACUGCCCGAUGCCAGGACCCCUCCCCAGGGAUUCAAGAAAACUAGUCAUGACAAACCUUCCGUUGGUAAGAUCUUCAGGAAAGAAAAAGUGGAUACGCGACCAUCUACUCCAUUAAGCCGACCAGAAAAAGUGACGGAGAGUGGAGAAGUCCAGAGAGUGGAGACAGUGGCAAAAGAAAAGGAACAAAAGGUGGAGGAGAUAAUGAUUUACCCAGACGGAACGAGUAAGAAAAUUCCUAGACAGAAGGGAGGUGUGGAUGAAGUAUCAAACUUGGAGACUUUGUCAAAAUCUGCCUCUGUUCCAGUUUUAGCUGAGGACAAAAUACCAGUCCCAAGUCCAUCAACAAAAGUUAUUCCAAAGAAAAAGAAAGUGGGUCGACCAAGGUCUAGGUCAAAAUCUCCUAGGGCACCAAAGUCACCAGGGCAAGGAAAAAGUCCUGCUCAGCCAGGGAGUAGCCCUAGGGGUCGAGGAAGACCACCAAAGGACAAAACCCUUCUCAAAACUCCUGAAAAAAAGAAAGAGAGUAAAAAUAUUCCUGUUUUAUCUACUAUGGAGGAGAUGUUUGCCAGCGAUGUGUUGGACUUGUCCAGGAAACCACCACCAGCGUCUACGGCAAAGGAGAACGUAGAGAAGAAACCAGCCGAUGUGGAGUUACCUCUCGAUCUCAGUAAAGGCAAGGAGUCAGCAGCACAGAAAACAGCAAGAGGAAGAGGAAGGCCUCCUUUAAGUCCGGAGAAGAAACGAGCCCGGGAAAUGAACAUUGAUCUUUGUAUUGAAGCUGUGUUAAAGAUGUCAAGAGAAGGGGAUUCUGAAGGGGAAGUGACGAAGGAGAAAGAAGUGAAAUCAGAGAAGAUAGCAGAGGAGCUGACAGAAUCAAAUCAAGAGGACACGAAUCCAGCUAUUGAGGACAGCAGUGAUGCUCCUCCCUCUGUGACAGUUAAAAGGGAAAUGAUUGAGGAGGAGGGUCCAUCGUUUGACUUGUCUGAGCAGAAGAAGAAAAAGAAGAAGGAGAAGACACCAAAACAGAAAGAAGAGCAGCCGAGUGAGGAAGUCAAGGACAAGUUAAAGGAUAAGUUGAAGGGGAAAGAUUUCAUCAGUGAGACAGUCAAGACAGAGCCCCAGGAGGAGGAGGCCCCUAGACCCCCCAAUGUAUAUGACUUCCCAGAAAGUCCCCCCAAACCUCCAGAACAAAUUAAAAAGGAGGUCAUUCAGUCACCACAGAAAAUGUUUAGUGUGGAGUUCGUGGAUAAAGAAGUGGAGAAUAAGGACGGAGAGAAGGUCAAAGAGAAAAGUAAAGAUAAACCAGAGAAGGAGAGAUCCAAGGAACACAAGGAGAAAAAGAAAGAAAAGAAGAGAGAUAAAGAGAAGAAAAAGAAGAAUAAAGAUAAGGAUAGAGACAGAGAAAGAAAGAAGGACAAAGAAAAAACUAAAGAGCCGGAUUAUAUCCCCACUGUAUCCAAGCUUAAGAUCAGAAUUGGUAGUUCUCCAUCCUCAACCACAGUAAAUUACAUGUCUGAAGGAACCCUAAAAUCUCCUCCCAAUGACAGUGCACAGAACUCCCCCAGGCCAGAGCUCAAAUUAGUUAUAAAAGCAUUGCCACCCUUGUCAGAGAGAGGCUCAGCUUCCCCCCAGUCUUUAGGUGGAUCGACUCCAAAACAAGGAGAGAAGGAGAGAAAAAAGGAAAAGAAAAAAGACAAGGAGAAGAAAAAAGAUGCCCCAACUCCUUCAACACAUCCUCCUAUCAAACAGGAGAGCAUGGAUCAGCCUCUUUUUGCCCCACUUCCAAUCUCCAGACAACAAACCCCAUUUUCAUCCUCUUCCUCCAAAUCUCCUACUCCACCACCACCCAGAAAACCCUCACCUCCAGGUCUGUUCACCCCUUUUAUCAAGACCCCAACACCCCCACCAAGAAAAACCCCAACACCUCCUCCCAGGAAAACCCCAACCCCACCUCCUCCACGAAAAUCACCCACCCCACCACCCCCAAAAAUUCCAACACCCUCCAUCAAACCUCCUACUCCUGAAACUGACUUUGAACCUGACUCGGAUCAUGAGACUGAGCCCAUGAAAGAGGACGAAGAAGAGGUGCAGAGGUUUACCCCUUCUCCUGCCUCAACCCGUAAAACUUUUACCCCUUCCCCCUCCAACUCCCCUCUUCGAUCCCCAUCUCCUGCAGGUGAGUCCAUCUCUUCCUACAUGAGGUCUAAGUCCAAUUCACAGUCUCCUGUUAGGACCCCCUCCCCAGGGAGAUCCCCCUCCCCACAGCCCUCACCCCCUCCUUCCCCCUCUCCAAGUCCAUAUAGGGCUUCUGUUUCCCCAUCAAAUACUAAACCAUCAACUCCUGGUCACAUGAUCUCCAGGAGUCCUUCCCAUUCUCCAAGUCUCUCUCCUGUCCCCCUUACUAUUAAAAGUGAGGUGAUCCCUCCCAUGCCCCCUCCAAGCAUGCCAGGCACCAGCUUUGCCAAACCAGGGGUACAAAGGACAGUCAUUGCUGAAACAGUAACCACCUUCAUCGAUGAUUCUGGACAGAAGGUUUGGAUUUGCCCUGCUUGUAAGAUGCCUGAUGAUGGGAGCCCUAUGAUUGGCUGUGACAUCUGUGAUGACUGGUAUCAUUGGCCGUGUGUUGGACUUAAGGAGGAGCCAGCAGAAGAGGAACACUGGUACUGUUCCAAGUGUAUGGGGAGGAACAAAAAGCCCUCCAAACGGGGAAGGGGGAGAGGAAGGGGUAGGGGGCCUGGUAGAGGAAAGAAAAAGAUGAUUACAGAGAUGGGUGACAAUCGUCAGAUCUGUACAACACAUGAUUAUAUCUACAGAACCAGGGACCGUAUAGGGACGGGGGCAUUCUCCCAUGUCUAUAAGGGUGUUCAUAAGACUACUGGUGAAAUAUAUGCAUUCAAAGUUCCCAGAAGCGGAAAUACAGCGUUAGAGCUGGAAAGAGAGACGAUUGCACUAACUACACUACGACAUGUCAAUAUAGUCAGAUUGUACGAUAUACAAGCAGAGGUUGAUAGUAAAAGAACGGUUUUUGUAAUGGAAUAUUGUCCACGAGGAUCAGUACUGAGCCUGCUAGAGGAACCGGAAAAUCACAAUGGACUUCACGAUAAUGAUAUCAUUACAUUCAUCAGUAAUAUAGCAUCCGCAUUGAAAUACCUGACAACUAUGGGCUUUGUUCAUCGAGAUAUCAAACCCGGAAAUAUACUUGUCUCCGAAACGGAACUAGGAAGGAAGCUCUUUAAACUGAGUGAUUUUGGAUCGUCUAAGUACGUACAAGAAUCAAACGAGUACGAGUCUCUAACAGGAACAGAGGAAUAUUUGCACCCUAUUAUUUACGAGCGGGCGUUUAUUGACCGUGGGUUACGGGGACGUUUUACGUCUUCAACUGACCUCUGGAGUCUUGGUGCCACCUUAGCUCACGUGGUUUUGGGAGAAGUCCCUUUCAAGCCAUUCGAGGGAUCUCGAAAGAACCGAAACGAAAUGUUUAUAAUGAUCUCUAGAAAACCAGAUAAAGCGAUAUUUGGUCGACAGGAUACGCCCAAUGGGCGGAUCCAAUAUUAUGAAGAAAUUCCUAGUUACUGUAACAUUUCUAGGGGAUUGAGGAAGUAUAUGGUCUCCAUUAUCCGGGGUCUUUUGAGAACAGAUACGUCACAGUGGACACUUGAUACUUUUUGUCAGGAAGCUAGUCACGUGAGCAGCUUGAAACUCCAAGUGGUUUUAGAAGUACAGACCUUAACGUGUUACCAUUUUUAUACAGAAUCCACUCGAACCAUUAACGGAUUUCUGAAGUCUUUAUCAGACGAAAUGGGUAUAGGCACAUCAGAAAUAAAAUCGUGUAUUUAUUACGAUGGUCGUUUAUUGAGUGAUAUUGUAAUGAAUUGUAAUGACUCCGUGACUGCUUUACCGACAUCUUCAAAGGAGAGACCACUCGUUCUAAUGGCCUCCACUUUUAAGCCCUCUGAAUGGUCCAGUGCAGACACUAUGAUACCUGAUCCUUCCUGUCCGGAUUCUGUCAAUGGGGUGGAUGACAGAAAGCAGAUCAGAAAACAGUUGACCACAGCUUGGAUAUUCAUGACAAUGACGGAGCAUUUCUGUUCAAUUAUAAAUGUUCUUCGACAGACCGUCCACAACAUAGUAGAUUCUCUGGUUAAAAUGUGUUCAACAUACGAGAAAAAACUCGGAACUUGUGAUGAACUGUUUACAGCCGAUUCAGACCGUUUGAAUUUGUGUCAAACACUCCCAUUAGAUCCGUCCAUGGCUGAUUAUGUAGAGAAAAGAAGACGAGACGCUCUCCAAAGGAAAAAACACAUAGGAAAACUACGGCAGGAAAUCAAAUCAUUGUACACCAACCUAAGGUCCACGGUUACAUCGCUACAGGAUGGUACAUACUGGAAUACUAAUGAAUCUAAAUUCAACGAAAUAAAAGAAAAAGCACUUCAUUACUUUCAUAAAGUGGACAAGAUUUGGAGACAGAUGCGUGACAGAAAAUUUGGAAAUGUGAGCAUUGAAGAAAAUCAACUCCGAAAGGCAGAGCGGCAUCAUUUACAGACUGUUUUUAGAUGUAUAACUUACGAAUGGAAUUCUGCAUUUAACCCCUUUAAAGAUGAUAUCGUUCAACAUAUACGGGGCUGGAUUAGGAACUACUUCCAUUGCCAGGAAAAACUUAACACUUUGGAGAUAUACUUCACAAGUAUAACGAAUAUACGAAAUAAAUUUACUGAAGAUAUCGUGUUUGUAUCUACAUAUUCGCUGAAGCCGAGGAAUCUUCUAGCAUCAGGGAAAGGAGUCACGGCAGGUAUCCUAAGUGAGCACAGAUCUAACACCGAAAGAUUGAUGAACUUGAUAUCAGACAUAAAGAUGCUGGCGAUGACAGACGAGGAAUUCCCUGAACUGAAGGGAGAGGAUGACGUUUAUCUCUUUGGUUGACUCAGAGAAAUGUUGUAAUUCCAAUCGAACACUUCCUUCAAGCGUCUAAGAGAACAUAGGAAAUACAUUUGAUCUUUGGCUUGGCUCACUUACAAGACACGGAAGCUGCUAGUUAAAGUGAUUUGAAGAAUAAAAAUUGAAUGUGUUCCAAAUCAACGUGAUCAAUGCAAUCUAAAACAAAGAAUUAUUUUGGAUGACAACAUGGCGUCGAAAAGGAAAUAAAAACAAGACUUCAAAAUAGAUUUACGCUCUAACAUAACAACAAAUUAGUAUGGAAAUUGUGUCUUAGUGUGUUACAUUUUUUAUUCUUAUAAAAAAAUUCCACAUAACAUGGAAUUUUGAAAUGACGAUGAGU